AAACGCAGUACGACGCAUGUUUACUAACACUGCACAUAUUGUAGCUUUGAAAAAUCCGUCAGAAAAACAAGUAAAUUUUACUAUAAUGCAGAAGUAAACGCACAAAAUUCACUUAAAAAUUCACAAAAAAAAAAAAAUGGAAUCGUCCUCGAGGGAACCUUCCUCGGAGUCCAAACAGCUGGAUGAUGAAUAUCCAUCCAAGUCGGAUUCAGAACCCAGCAAAAUAUCGCGAAUACUGCGAACGGAAUUCGAUUCCAAAUAUCAGAUUGUAAACCUGCAGACGCCCUUAAAUGCUUUUAUGUCCGGUCAUUACAAGCAGAGCUUCGCCUUCUACACUCUAAGGAGUCGUCUCCCCGUGAUCUUAACAAAUGUGGUAGAUACCUUGACCCGGGACAAAGCCGAGAUAGUCACUCAGUUUGCCACUAAUGAGUUUACACAGGCUGCUCGCGAGGAGCUAAAAAUCAUCAUUGGACUAAUCUCUAGGCUGAAGUACGAGUUGCAGACAGACAAACCGUUUCAAAAUUUUACAGGGGACGAGCCCGACCAAGAACUCUGGAACAACUUUAUCAGCCACCUGCCAGAUGGUGAGCGUACCUUCUAUAAGGCCAGCUCCCUCCAUGCGGAGUGCUACCUGCACCGAAAACUCUACUCCUUUUUGGAGAACAGCAUAUUUCUAAAAUCUUACGAUUAUUUUGCCAAGGUCAAAGAACAGGCGCUGAUCGAAGGCAUGGAUGAUGUGUUGGCCCUGACCAAAUACACUAGGCGAUCCGAGAAUAACCUAGAAGGGUUCGACGAAUUGCUAAGGAUCGACAUGUGGAGCAAUUCCAACGAUGUGUCCAGCAAUCCAGAUACAGUUAAACAAUCGAAUCGUCAGGUGCUAGAAAAUGUGGCGGUCACCGAUAACCAUGUACUAGUUAACCAGGCAGCCGAUAUCUGGAGUUGUUUGGACAAUCAGAAGACCAAGAAACAGAAGCAGGUGGAUUUUAUUCUAGACAAUGCAGGCUAUGAACUUUUUUGCGACUUCAUCGUGGCAGAGUACAUGAUUGAGAAAGGACUGGCCACCAAAGUGCGUUUCCAUGUCAAGGCCCACCCUUGGUUUGUAACUGAUGUUACAGAGCGGGAUUUUAAAUGGACUCUCGAGUAUUUGAGCCAACAUGUGGACUACAUUAUAAGUCUGAUAGGAAAGAAGUUUCUGCAAUAUCUCGAUGAGGGAAAGUUCGAAUUGGCGCCACUCUCACAUUUCUGGACAUCGCCACAUGCUUUUUACAGCAUGGCUCAGACGGAUCCAGAUUUAUACAGGUCUCUGCAGCAGUCCAAGCUUGUAGUAUUCAAGGGAGAACUGAACUAUCGCAAGCUGCUGCAGGACGUUUGCUGGAACACCACCCAAGAAUUGAGCACCUGUCUCCGGGGCUUCCUGCCCAGCAAUAUUUGUAUGCUGCGAAGGGUCAAGAGCGAGGUCAUCUCCGGCCUGGGCGAAGGUGUUGGUCAGACGCUGAGUAGAAGGGAUCCCGGGUGGAUGGUCUCCGGAAACUAUGGGGUCAUCCAGUUCGUGGACGGAACUCGUGAAUUUGGAUACUGAGUUUGUAAAGGCUGCGCAGUUUAAAUUAUUGGUAAUAAAUAGUCGUUACAUAUCUUAAAACCAAAGCGAGAAGUUGCAAAAAUGAAAGCUAUUCUCAAACUAUUAAUUGGUAAUACGUUUACUAACAAUAUACAUUUCGAUAAGGAUUUUUUCUAUUUAUUUUUAAAGUAUGCCGAUUAUACUCAAUUGUUGUAACAUUUUUGUAUAUUCAAUUCAUUAAACACUAAAGACGUUUAUUAUUGGUA